AUGGCGCUCGAUAGGGAGCAGGAAGGUCCUGAAACCCUUGAUUUUGACCCCUUCGAGUUCAUCGAUGCUAAUACUGACAACAACACAAUUGGAGGAUAUCUCCGUGCUCUUGCUGCAAAACCUCAUAUUGGCGGAUCAUUAGAGGAUGAAAUCACUACAAAGAACAUCGUCAGAACUGCGAUGGAAGAAGCAGGCUUGACAAUAAAAGAAACAACUUACAAUGUUUUGCUCUCUUAUCCAAAACGAGAAGAUGGCCAGCGAAACUACGUUGCGCUGAAAGAUAGUUCAGAUAACAUAAUUGAAAGCUCGAAGUCCGCAGAGGUCGAAGAAAUUCUUGAUGAUACUCAGGACGACCCAUUAGUCUACAAUCCGUUCAUCGCUUACGCCAAGGCUACUCCAGCUGAAGGCCUGACUGCAGAUCUCGUUUACGUAAAUUACGCUCGCAAAGAAGACUUCAUCCGCCUUGAAGAAGAUCUCAAGAUCGAUCCCACUGGGAAGAUCUGCAUUUGCCGAUAUGGAAAGAUUUUCAGAGGGAAUAAAGCGCGAGAAGCAGAAAUAUACGGUUGCGCUGGAUUAAUUAUUUUCUCCGACUCCGCGGACUAUGCGCCUGAAUGGACCGAGCCUUAUCCAGAAUCAUGGUGGUUACCGGGCACGGGCGCACAGAGAGGCACCACAUAUCUUGAUAAUGGCGAUCCAGAGACACCGUUUUAUCCAUCUAUUGGUGGUGCUUAUCGAUGGGAUAGAGAAAAAGUCGAAAAAUAUGGGGCGAAGUACGACUUACCCGGCCUUCCAAAUAUACCAAUUACUCCAAUUGGUUACAAUGAUGCUGAAAAACUACUUGUUGCGAUCGGUGGCGAUAAAGCUCCUGAAGACUGGCAAGGAGGGAUCAAGGACGAAAACGGCAAUGUGAUUGAUUACAACUUGGGCCCAACAAUGAAAGAUGGACAGAAAGGAUUUAUGUUCGUCAGAACAACAGAAGAAAGACGUGAUACAACCAAUGUGUUGGGGUAUUUUGAGGGUACUGUUGAGCCUGAUCGAUAUGUAAUUCUUGGUAACCAUCGAGACGCGUGGGUAUUCGGAGCGAUUGACCCGAGUUCGGGCACAUGCACAAUGCUUGAAAUUGUUCGCGUUUUUGGCGAGAUGUAUCGAAAAGGGUGGCGCCCCAGACGCACGAUCAUGUUCGCCUCUUGGGGAUCGGAGGAGUACGGACUCAUCGGCUCACAAGAAUUCGUAGAGGAGCAUCUCACCCAACUUACAGCAUCUGCAGUUGCGUAUGUUAAUAUCGACGUGGCCGUUGGUGGAAAUUACUCACUAAGUACUCGGGGAACACCUAAUUUCGAAGACUUGAUGUUUGAAACCGCAAAGACUGUCGAUAACCCGCGAAAAGUAGAAGACGAUGGCGCCGCCUCUCUCUAUGACAAUAUGAUGCUCAGAAAUGCGAAGGACGAAAACGGAAAACUCGUGUUUGGAGGUGUGGGCUCUGGCUCCGACUACGCUCCAUUCUUGCAGCAAGUUGGAGUUUCUGUCUGCGACAUUAGCUGGCGAUGCGACCCGCAUUACAGCUAUCCAGUCUACCACUCUGUCUACGAGACAGUCCCCCUCGUGGAGAAGUUCGUAGAUCCUGGCUAUAAAAUUCACCAGCAGGUCGCCAAAUUUACAGCAAAAAUGAUGGCUCAGCUAUCACAAGAUGCAAAGAUUCCGCUAAAAGUUGUGCAGUACGCUGCUAGAGUCUCUAAAGAAGUUAACAGCUUGGAAACUGCGCUCAACAAUUAUCCAAGCAAUGGUGUGGAUCUUACGUUUUUGAAGCAAUAUGCUAACAAAUUCACAAAAGCUGCUGCUGAUUUUCAAGCUAAAUUCGAGGAUGCUACUGAUGCUCAGGAGAUCAAACGAUUGAACGAUCAAGUCAUGAGAGUCGAGCGUAGCUUCAUAGAUCCAAAUGGUCUUCCAGAGAGACUUCAAUACAGACACGUCGUAUUUGCUCCAAGCAGUAAAAACUCAUACGCAAGUGCAGCGUUUCCGGCAGUUUACGACGCGCUCUUUGAAAUUGAAAAAUUGACAGGUUAUUAUUCUUAUUCCGAAAUUUUGCUUACAAUAAUUCGAAAAGGCGAGGAAGAAGUAACCGCUUGGGAAAUGGUGAAGGAGCAGGUGUCAACUCUUUCAUUCUUCAUUUACAACGCGGCGGAAGCUCUUAAAUUAUCAGUCAUUUAA